AUGACUGAAUAUGUAGAGCUACAGCGAAACAAGGGUCCCAGGGCAAGUGUUCGACUCAGCGCCAGUGCUUCAGAGAAUCUGCAUUCGGUGUCCGUCCAACACGGUCGACUAGAAGUGCGCGAUGUGGACGGCCACUGGGGAACUGUGUGUAACAAGAGCUUUUCUCGGCAGUCAGCUAAUGUCGUGUGCAGGCAGCUGGGUCUGGGAAUCGCCGCGGCCAUUACAAGCGGCACGUACCCGAUUGUUGGCCACGGGGCACCCAUUAAUCUUGCCGGUGUCAAUUGCACUGGGAACGAGAGUUCCAUACUAGAAUGUCCAGCACAGCAUCGCAAUGCUGUGUUCUGCAGUCAUGUUGAAGACGUUGAAAUCAAGUGUUCCGGGCCGAAUACUACCAGAGAGUGCCUAUCGCUGCCUUGUCCACGCGGAUUCUAUCCAACACUGGAUGGGAGCAAGAAUGCUACCGCUUGUGAUGAGUGCGAUAGCAUGUGUAUUGCAUGCACCGGUCAGGCGCGAAACUGCUCCGAGUGCCCGUUUGGAAGAUUCCUCCAGCAAAUAGGAGGCACAGGCUUCACGUGCACCAGUGAAUGCAGACAUGGUUUCUAUGGCGACGCGCUCAGCAAGCAAUGCGUUCAAUGCGACAAGCUGUGUAGUAGGUGUGCACAAUUUCAGGGCGUCACCAUGUGCAUCGAAUGCCAGCCAGGAGCGAACCGUCUGGGCACAGCGUGCGUGGCAAAUUGCCCGAGCCGCAUGCAUGCCAACACUCUGACGAGAACGUGUGAUCCGUGUGCGCCGCAGUGUGGAACAUGCUCCGACGGGCGCAAGAACGACAACUGCACAAGUUGCACGCAUCCCAUGGUGCUGAGCGGCUCAUCGUGUGCUCAGGACUGUUCACCUCCGCUGCUGCCAUGGCUUGGCGUCUGCUCAGCACCGUGUGCGAACGGAUCUUACUUGGACGGCGUCAGUGGCAGCUGCAAGAAAUGUCCAGGCGCGUGCGUGCAGUGCACAGACGCAACCCACUGCACAUUGUGCGACUUCACCACUCUGGAAGAAAACGGGCAGUGCGUCACGCACUGUUCUCCCGGUCUAGUCGCUGAAGAUGUUGUUCCGUACAAUCCAUUUGUUCGUCUGCUUGGCAGUAACUCAUCCGGUACGGGUAGAAUCGAAGUUCUCUAUGACGGCCGGUGGGGAACUGUGUGUGAUGAAGAGUGGGGCCUUCCAGAGGCUAUGGUCACCUGUCGUGGACUUGGCUUUAGCGGUGUUAGACAGGUAAGAUUUCCUUAUGGCAAGGCAGAAAUGCUCAAGCCGGUGAGCUCAGGAUUUCACAUUUGGUUGUCUGCUGUCAACUGUCAAGGCAACGAGACAUCUGUAUUGAAUUGUGAGCACGGUGGAUGGGGACAGCACUAUUGUCGCCAUGAUGAGGAUGUGGCAAUCGAGUGUGGCGAUGCGACGGUAAGGCGUUGCAUCAGCCAAUGUCCCCAUGGUCACUAUGGGUCUCCAUUGACCGGAUGCAAUCGAUGUGCUGCUUACUGCCAAACAUGCCAUUCUACGCCAUCGAACUGCACCGACUGCUACCAGGGAUACUACCGGCUGAACUCUAAGUGUUUGGGGAACUGUCCGGACGGGUACUUUGCCGACAGUGUCAACAACGUCUGCACACCGUGUAGCAGUGAAUGUGCAUGGUGCUCUGGCGCUAGUACUAAUUGCACCGGUUGUGGCCUAGGCAAGUACCUGCAGAAUAACACCUGUGUGUCAAAGUGCGGCAAUCAGUUUGAAUUGGAUUUCCGAAGUUCGGUGCGUCUGGAAAACGGCAGUAGAACGGUAGAGGGUGAUGUCGUGCUGUCUUUCCGUGGAAACUGGGGGUUAAUGUGUGAUUUCCAGUGGGAUAUACGGGAUGGAAACGUGAUCUGUCGGCAAUUGAACUAUGGCAAGGCGUUCCGAGUGUUUCAGAAAGGCCAAUUCACUCGCCGUGCUACACAGCCCUUCGUGGUCAGCGGGGCAAGGUGCACAGGAAAUGAGUCACGCAUACAGGACUGCGUUACGCAGGGCUCUUCUUGCCGCGCAACCAGAAUAGCCGGUGUGCAAUGCACAGGACCAGAUAUGUCGCGUCGCUGCGUAGACCGGUGCCCUAUUGGCCAUUACGGUGCUGCGGACGGUACGUGUCGACAAUGCGACCUCAGCUGUGCGUAUUGCGCUCAAGACACACCGGCAGUAUGCACUAGCUGUCAUCAAGGAUUCCUUCUUGAGGAGGGCAGGUGCAAGUUAGCCUGCAGCUCAAACUACCACAUUCUCGAUGGAGCUUGCCGGCUCUGUCAUCCGUCGUGCUUGCGUUGCAGCGGCCCGAACAAGACAGACUGCACACACUGCAACCAAGGAGAUUACUUCUCGAAUGGUCAGUGCACUACAUCAUGCAAUGGUUACACAGCAGUUUCGCCGUACAGUGCAGGAUCAACAGUAGAUAUCCGACUUGCCGGCGGCACAAACACGUCCGGGCGCGUUGAGGUCUUGAACUUGCUGACCGGGCAGUGGGGUACGGUGUGUGACGACGGCUGGUCUUUGGCAUCUGCUCACGUGGCGUGCCGUCUGCUGGGCCUGGGUCCUGCCAUCGCUAGUAUCAACGAGCUUAACCGGACAACCGACGCCCACACGGCAUACUUUCCUCUCGUCAGCAAUGUGUCCGUUCCCAUCCUGCUGGGGAGCGUGGACUGCGAGGGUACUGAAUCAACACUCUACGAGUGUGCUAACGACAGUCCGGCCUCGUACUGCGUCCACAAGGAGGAUGCCGGCGUUAUCUGUGAUCUGCCUCCAAGCCCCGUGUGUCACGAGACGUGCGAUGCUUCACAGGGAUAUCGUGUUGUGGAUGCUAACACCAGUACAUGCGAGAAGUGCAGUGAUGUUUGCAAGGGCUGUAGCACCGACAAUGCCACGGUUUGCGACGCGUGCUUCUCAGGACAAUAUCUGACAGCUGAUGGCGGAUGUGUGCUGAGCUGCGGGCAUGGGUACUUCGCCAACAUCACGCAAGCAAGCUGUGAGAGGUGCAACUCGAAGUGUGUGGGAUGUUACGACGGUACACGAGAUGACAACUGCAUUCGCUGCGCUAAGGGAUUUGUCCUGGACGGCACACGGUGUGUAUCGACAUGCCCCUCCGGUCAGCUUGCCAUGCACAUGGAGGUGUGCACUGCAGUCAGUGCUGUAGCAUGUGAUGCCAGUGGAACAUGCGACGAGCAAGCAGGCUGUUUCAAUACCAGCAGUGUGGCAGGCGUCAAGUCAGCCUGUUGGCCAUGCCCUGCUGGCUCAGUGGGAGAUGGAAAAGACUGUAGAGUAUACUCUGUUGAGCCUCACACGCUACUCACGACACCACGUGAUCAAACAGCCGUGAUUGGGCAGAUCGGUGUGGAGCUGCCAUGCCAUGCUAACACAUCUACAAUCAUCAACUGGUUCCAUGAAGGCCACAGGCUUUCUCAUACACUUGCAAAGUUCCCGUACCGAAUAAGCCGCAGCGGGUCGCUACUCCUGGACCAUAUUCAACCGUCCAUGAUGGGGACGUACACUUGCAUCUCCAAAACCACCAGCCUGCAACUAUCUGCAAGUGCCUAUCUUGCCGUUGUCGAGCUUGUCAAGAUUGAGGAAUUUAACCAAACAACCAAGAUUGCACCCUUCUCCAAUCAUACACUGGAAUGCAAGGCUACGGGCUAUCCGGCGCCAGUCAUAACAUGGGAACGAGGACUGGCUCGUCCAAUAUACGACGACGGUAUCCACUACAAAUUGACCAAUAACAGUCUGACAUUUCUCAGGGCUAUAGAUGCUGACUCAGACAUGUACUACUGUGUCGCCAAUAACAACCACUCAUCCGCACAGUCGGCCACGAAUGUCAUUAUUGACGAGACAAUCACGGUAAAAGAAUUUAAUGAAACUAUCGAGAUUGCAGUUUCCACGAAUUUUACGCUGGAAUGCCAGGCCACAGGUUAUCCUCGGCCAACCGUGACUUGGUUUCGAGCCUCUGGUGAUAACAUUUCCGAUGACGGAAUCCAGUACGAGUUAGCCGCUAACCGCCUGACACUACUGAAUGCCACAUUUGCUGACUCCGACAAGUACUAUUGCAGUGGUCAUAAUAAUUACACGCAUGCGGUUGCGUCCACAUUCAUCAGCGUCAAAGGUGAGUCCAGGUUGCUUUGA